AUGACGUGGUUUACAAAUCGACAAUGGAUGUACAAAAGAACAAACAGUGAUGGAUUUGCUAAUAUGGAAUAUUGUGCCAAUGUGAAUCUCUUUCUAGAAUUUGCCUAUUCUAAAGAAUUUGUUGUCGAUAAAAGGGUAACUAAACGUGGUAGGACAGUAUAUGACAUCAAAUGUCCAUGCUUUAAAUGCCAAAAUGUCUUCUAUAGAAGUAGAGAAACUGUUCGUAAACAUCUGCUUGACAAUGGUUUCAUGGAUAAUUAUACAACAUGGCAUGCACAUGGUGAAACUUCCACGCAUGAAGUAGGACAAUCCUCUACCACAAUGGAAGUUGAUGAUGAUGGUUAUAGGCGUAUGGUGAUAGAUAGCAUGCAUCCAUUCGAUUAUAAUUCGAUAGAUCACGCAAAUCUAAGGUCGGAUACUUUGGAAGGACAUGUACCAAAUCCCGAAGCAAAGGGAUUCUAUGACAUGUUACAAGCCGCCGAUGAACCUUUGUGGGAGGGGAAGAAAGGCACAGAUUGUUCAAAGUUAGAAGCUGCCACAAACUUUUUGAAUUGGAAAUCAAUGUUCAAUGUAUCUACUGCGUGUUACAACCAUAUUCUUUCCAUGGUUAAAGCAAUGAUGCCUGAAGAUAAUAAGCUCCCAGAAAGCUUUUAUGACACGAAAAAAAUUCUAGAAAAGCUUAAACUUCCUAAAGAAAGAAUCGAUGUUUGCAAAAACCACUGCAUGCUAUUCUAUAAGCAAGAUAAAACACUCACGCAAUGCAAACAUUGUGGGGAAUCUCGUUACAAGAGUGAUCGAAAUAAGGUACCUAAUAUGGUGAUGACGUAUAUGCCAAUUGGUCCUAGACUUAAAAGGUUAUAUAUGUCUAUAAAGACAGCUAAAGAUAUGACUUGGCACCAUGACCACAAAACAAAAGAUGGAAGUAUGGCACAUCCAAGUGAUGGUAAGGCUUGGAAACAUUUUGACUCGGUAAAUCCUAACUUUGCUAAUGAGAUCCGAAAUGUUCGUCUUGGGUUAUGCACCGAUGGCUUUAAUCCAAAUAAUUCAAACUCGAAUCCUUCCUCACUGUGGCCUGUCUUUCUUACAAUUUAUAACUUGCCUCCUUGGAUGAGUUUGAAAGAUUCAUUUAUUUAUCUAAGUUUAGUUAUUCCUGGAAAAAAGAGCCCCGGACAAAAUGUGGAUGUGUUUCUAAGACCGUUGAUAGAUGAAUUGAAGCACUUGUAUGAUGAAGGCAUUGAAGUUUAUGAUGCUUAUCGUAAAGAAAACUUUAUGAUGAGAGCCAUCCUUUUGUGGACCGUUAGUGAUUUCCCUGCAUACGCAAUGUUGUCUGGUUGGAGCACACAUGGAAACUUAGCUUGCCCAUAUUGUAUGGGAGACACAAAAGCCUUUCGAUUACAUGCCGGAGGAAAACCAAGUUGGUUUGACUGCCAUCGGAGAUUUCUGCCUCCGUCACACGUUUUUCGUAGUGAUAAAAGUGGAUUUCGAGAUAAUAAAUCUGUACCAUCAUCAGUAGGACCUCCCCCUGAGUUAACUGGUUGGGAUUUGUACAAACAAGUGUUUAACAUUUCAACCGUCUAUGAAGGUAAGCUGUAUAACCCAAAGAUUAAAGACCCAGCUUUCGGUAAAACCCAUAACUGGGUAAAGAAAAGCAUUUUUUGGGAGCUUGAUUAUUGGCCAAUGUUAUUAAUCCGACACAACCUCGAUGUAAUGCACAUUGAGAAAAAUGUUUUUGAGAAUCUAUUUCACACAAUAAUGGAUACUCCCAAAACAAAAGAUAAUAUAAAGGCAAGGAUAGAUGUUAAAGAGUAUUGCAAUCGGCCAUCACUUCAUAUAUGGACGAAGAACAAUAAUAAAUAUAUGAAACCUAAAGCAUCAUACACCUUAACCAAACCGGAGGUUCUUGAAGUAUGUAAAUGGUUGAAAAAGGUAAAAUUUCCUGAUGGAUAUGCUUCAAAUAUAGGGGGAUGUGUAAACGUUAAAGACGGUACGUUUUACAGCUUUAAAAGUCAUGAUUGCCAUGUCUUCAUGCAACGAUUAUUGCCUAUUGUUUUAAGAGGGAUGCUUCCAAAACAAAUAUAUGAACCCAUAGUAGAGCUCUGCACAUUCUUCCGUGUCAUAUGCUCAAAGGUUAUACACAUUGAAGAUUUACAUAAAUUGCAAAAAAGUAUCGUUGUAACGAUGUGCAAGUUAGAAAAAAUCUUCCCACCUGCAUUUUUUGACUCAAUGGAACACCUUGUUAUACAUUUGACCAAUGAAGCGAUUCUUGGUGGUCCGGUGCAGUUUAGGUGGAUGUAUCCGUAUGAGAGGAAGUUGGGUCGAUUGAAAAGAACAAUUAAAAACAAAGCAAGGGUUGAAGGAUCCAUAGUAGAGUCAUAUCUCGUAGAGGAACUUUCUCAAUAUUGCUCCUUGUAUUUGGACUCGACAAUAAAGACAUGCGUGAACCGUGAACCUCGUAAUUUUGCCCCUAACAUUCCUUAUUCUUCGAGUACGGAUUCUCGGUUAAGUAUAUUCAAACAUCCAUCUCGAAGAUUAUAUGACAAGGGUGGAAAGACUAUGGUUCUGACGGAUAAAGACAUGCACAAGGCUCAUACUUAUAUACUGCUUAACUGUCAAGAGCUUCAUGAUUCUGUUCGGCUAUUUGAUGAAGAAAUGAGAGCUUCAUUUCCUAAUUGUGACCAAGUAACACUUGAUAAAAAUAAAGAUGAGGAAUUUGCUAAGUGGUUGCGGGUUUAUGUUUUAAAUGGACCAGAGAAUGCACACUUGAGAGAUAUAGCACAUGGGCCUCUCACUUAUGUUAGAUCACACAAAGGCUAUCUGAUAAAUGGUUACAAGUUCCACACACGAACAGCCUACCAUGGGCGGGUCACAGAAAAUAGUGGUGUGUACGUGAAAGGGGCUGUUUGUAAUGAACAUGAAAGUGACUACUAUGGAUUACUAGAUGAGAUCCUAGAGUUGGAAUAUCAUAGCAGCUUAGGAAGUUGUGUAGUUGUUUUGUUUAGAUGCACAUGGUUUGAUCCCAUAAAAGGUGUAAGGGUGAACCCAAAGACUAAUAUGGUUGAUGUUAAUUCCAAGGCAAUAGGAUGUGUUGACGACCCAUUUAUUCUUGCAUCCCAAGCACACCAAGUGUACUAUACACCAUAUCCUUCAAAAGAAAAAGGAUUAAAAGACUGGUGGGUUGUUGUCAAGACGACACCAAGGGGAGUUUAUGAACUAGCUGAAGAUGACAUUGUAGUUGGUGAUAAUGAAAAUGAAGACGUGGAGCAUUUCCUACAAGAGAAUGAAAGGAUAAUAUGUUCAGCUAAUAAUGAGGAUUUGCUCCCAAUUAUUCAUGAAGAAACAAAUGUAAUAGAUGAAGUUGAUGAUGUGAAUGAUGAUGAUAACGAAGAAGAUGAGUUUGAAGACAUUCAUUCAGAUGAUGGCGAUGAGGAAUUUGAAGACGAAGAUUCGGAUUAG